CACUUCCGGGGUAAACUGCGCGCAUUUUGAGAGGGACGUAGUCUUCGUUGUGAGUUAUUUACAGAAUAAUGUUUGAGUGAACUUACAUAUAGGAUACACAAAAACAGGAUGCGCAGGUCUGCGGCACCGAGUCGGCUCCUGCAGGGUAAUGCUGCAAAGAAGCCACGGUUUGUACCUCCUGCCCCGGUGCACACAGGAGCAGGGCUAUUGUCCAACCCAGGGCCAGGGUUAAUGCCCAAUGCCAUGCCAAUAUCAAGCCCAGGACAAACACCAACAUCAACACCCAAACCAGCAGCUAACAAUGUCCUCAAUAAGGUGCAGAAGAGCUUGACUGAGAGGGCAACAGGCACUCCAGGUGCUGCAAAAGUCUCAGUAAUGGGUAAGGCUUUAGCCAGGGUUCUGAGUGUCGUUGCUCAGGAAGAGCGGAACGAAAAUGACGCUGACUCUCUGAGCUUCCCUUUGGAUUUAGAGCAGCCCCCAGAUUCACCCUCAGCACAACAGCCAGGUGUACAGUGUACACACACCACCACCACCUCUAAUAGCCCAACAGCACGAUACUACAGUGUAAUGUGGUGCAAGGCAUCCUCGAGGAAGCACAAACGCUGGGAAGGUGAUGCUGUACUCGUGGCCACAGGACGCAGUGUUGUGCUGAAAGACAUGGAAGGAAGAAAUAUUGGACGAGGUUCAGGUUACAAAGCGUCUGAGCUGGAGAGUCUGUGUGAGGGCCAGACUUUAAUGGUAGGAGGGAAGCAGCUUGAGGUCAUGGGGAUCAUCUCAGAUGAAGAUUAUGCAAAGGGACGAUGUUUUCAAGAUGCCAUUGUGGAGGAUUCUUUACAGACAACCGCUAAAGCACCAGUGGAACAUCAGAGACCUCAGCUGGCCAAACCCUUUGCCAGGCCAGCACUAAAGAAUGCAACUAUGGGAGUGCCCAAACCCGAGGGUCCUGUCUGCAAGCCCAGACAUGACCCUAAUAGUCCAGGAGCCCUUGUGAUGCCCCGACCCUCAACCAAUCACCAGUGGCAUUGUAACAAAAACGGACUUCAAGUAGUGGACGUAGUUGUGGACCCUCACCUAACAAAUCAUCUGCGACCACACCAGAAGGAGGGUGUGGUCUUUCUAUAUGAAUGCCUCAUGGGAAUGAGGUUGGCGGGCCGAUGUGGAGCCAUUUUAGCGGAUGAGAUGGGAUUGGGGAAGACACUGCAGUGUGUGUGUGUGUUGUGGACUCUACUGAGGCAGGGGCCUUAUGGUGGGCGGCCUGUACUGAAGAGAGGGUUGGUGGUUUGUCCUGGUAGCCUGGUAAAAAACUGGGCUGUUGAAUUCAACAAAUGGCUUGGCAAAGAAAGGAUCAGUGUUUACACUGUUGAUCAGGGCAAUCGCGUGGAGGACUAUAUAUCCUGUCCCCGGUCUCCUGUGAUGGUAAUCAGUUAUGAGAUGCUUCUGCGCUCUGUAGACAGCUUAAAGAAGCUGGAGUUCGGUGUGGUCAUCUGUGAUGAGGGCCAUCGGCUUAAGAACAGCAAUAUCAAGACAGCCAGUGCUCUCACAGCCCUGGCCUGUGAGCGUCGGGUGAUACUUACAGGCACCCCUGUUCAAAAUGAUCUCCAAGAGUUUUACUCCAUUAUUGAGUUUGUGAAUCCGGGCAUUUUGGGAACAUCAGCGGCUUACAGAAAGAUUUAUGAAGAACCAAUCCUCAAAUCUCGCCAGCCCACCUGCACCGAGGAGGAGAAGUGCAUAGGUGAAGAGCGAGCGGCAGAACUUGCUCGGCUGACUGGCGCGUUCACGCUACGAAGGACUCAAGAGAUCAUUAACUGUUUCUUACCUGGGCGGCUGGAAUGGACGGUGUUCUGCCGGCCCACAGAGCUGCAGGUGCAGCUGUACAACGAGCUGCUCUCUAGCCGACCUGUCAGGGCCUGUUUCGCUGCAGCCAGCACACACGCCUUCACACAGAGCCCUCACCUUGCUUGCAUUAAUGCUCUGAAGAAGCUGUGCAACCACCCUGGGCUUCUUUACAACAUGAUAAAGGAGAAGAAGAAUGAUGAUUUAUAUGACAGCGUCUGUGUAGAACUUUUUCCAGAAACCUACACCACUGGUAGUUUUUGCACAGGAGACUCUGGGAAAUUGCUGGUGCUCGCAGACCUUUUGACUGCUAUAAAGCAUGUCAACUGCACAGACAAGGUUGUUCUGGUGUCUAAUUACACACAGACUCUUGAUCUGCUGCAGGACUUCUGUGCUCACCUUGGUUACACCUGGUGUAGACUUGAUGGGCAGACACCAGUUGCUCAGCGCCAGCGCAUUGUAGACUCCUUUAACCGCUUGGACUCUGCCCACUUCCUGUUUCUUCUCAGUUCAAAGGCUGGAGGAGUGGGGCUUAAUCUUGUUGGUGCCUCUCAUUUGGUUUUGUAUGAUAUGGACUGGAACCCAGCUAAUGACAUACAGGCCAUGGCCCGAGUAUGGAGAGAUGGGCAGAAGAAAACAGUUCACAUCUACAGAUUUUUAACAACAGGUACCAUAGAGGAGAAGAUCUAUCAGAGACAGGUGAGUAAGCAGGGGCUUUCUGGAGCUGUGGUGGACCUUGGUAAAAAGGGUGAGCACAUCAGUUUCUCAGCUGAGGAGCUGCGUGACCUUUUCACCUUUGACCCCGAAACCGACUGUCUCACUCACGAUCUGCUUGGCUGCAAAUGCUCAGGGGACGGAACAUUACCAGGUGUGGUGGAGGACGCAUCCUUGGCUACCGGGAGGGUGUGUCAGUUGGGUCGUCGUUCUGAUGGUGCCAGUGUUCCACAGAGGGUCAGCAUGUCUGAGCUUAUGCAGUGGAAGCAUUUUUCUGGAACUCUUUCAUCAUAUGGUGACGUGUACUUGGACCAUGCACACAGUAAUAUAACGUAUGCCUUCCAGAGCACUUCCAGAACCCAAGAAAUGGCAUAAAACACACAUCCACACACACACACACACACACACACACACACACACACAUACACACAUGCAAACAUGUAAAAGACUGGAUCUAAUGGACCAAUAAAUCUAAUGUGAUGAAUUUAGGUUAAGUACUAUUACUGUAAAACUAACACAGGUUAUGGACUGAAAAUAUGCUGUUUUUUAAUAAAAGUGUAAAUAAAUGUAUUAUUUAAAGGCA